CUAAUCCAUGCAAAAAUAACGGCACUUGUCAAAGCGGUUUUACCGACAGAGGUUAUCACUGUUUGUGUUCAGCUGGAUACAAGGGUCAGACUUGUGAUGAAGUUGCGGUUUCGAGCUGCAAGGAAGCUUAUGACAGGCAAAUAGUAAUCGUGAGUGGCAUUGUUACGCUCCAUAUCGAUUCAAUGCCAACUCCCGUUUUCUGUCACGUGGGUGAUGUAGGAUGCGGAGGUGGAACAUGGACCCCUGUUAUGAAGAUUGAUGGCAACAAGCAAACGUUUCAUUACGAUUCCGAUCUUUGGAGAAACAAGGCAGAAUAUAACCUCUCUGGAGGAGAGACUGGCUUCGACACAGCGGAGACUAAAUUACCUACUUACUGGAACACUUCCUUCUCUAAGAUCUGCCUCGGUAUGAAGAUCAACCAAGAGCUUAGGUUCAUCCUCAUCAAAAUGCAAGCCAAUUCCUUAUACUCACUGAUCGCUGAUGGACAUUACCGCGUCACCUCAUUAGGUCGUGACACGUGGAAGUCACUGAUUGGUCCACAAGGCUCUUUACAGCGUCACUGUAACAAAGAAGGGUUCAAUCUUGAGCCAGAGAGUGCUUACUGGAAGAACAGAGCUUCUAAAGUAAGAAUUGGUAUUUUCGCGAACAAUCAAAACGAUUGCAAGAGUGUUGACUCUAGAAUCGGGUUUGGAACAGGAGGACCGAAAGAUGACAACAACACUUGUGGAAUCGAUGCUACGGGGUCAACACUCGAUAAUGGCGUGAGACACAUCAAAGCCAUGGGAUACAUCUUGGUACAGUGACAACAAAGAAAAACUACGUAUAUACGGUGAUAAAAGAUAUCACCAGGAUCACUUUUAUAUACGACAACAAUCACCAUAGUCUUCCAACAACAACAAAGCAAUGACAAUAAUAGUUCCAUGAACAUGAACUAUCAGAACAGUUUACUAUAGACAUUUACAUAAGUGGAGCAUCUACUUACAACAAUAUUCAGAAGAUAAUUCUUUAGGAGCCUAUAGUAUCGGGAUUCCAUUUAAAUAUGCACAUGGCAAUAGCCAGAGAUAAAUUAAUUUACCAAAACAUUUCAGCAAAAUACCGUUUUUUUUAGCCUAAAAGGGGAAAUUUGACUUCUUAUAUAAAUCAGUGAUUUUCUCAGCGUAAGGUGAAUGGAAUCUUAUAUCAUAUCAACUUAAAGUAUAAGUAGUAUCGCUGCACACUUUUUGUAAGGGUAAUAAUUCGCAUCCCCCUCAAAUGUGUAACUCAGUGAAUUCAACAAAAAAUGACUGUGGAUUGCAUAAACAGAUUUAUGAGUUGUAAACUGAUAAUGUGAAAAAGUGCUCUUAAAGUCGAAAACUGUAAACGGCGACUUUUAUAUUACGCUUAUCAUCAGGUUACCAGAGUGCUUAUGAGCCCACUGCAGGAACUUAAUCUGGUUCGAUACCCAGUUUCCAGCUUUAGAAGAAAAUGCAUCGUAUCACUGGCAUGUUCAUUAUAGCUCGAACAUCAAAUAGUUUUUACUCGAAAUGUUGUGCGAAGAUAGAGGCCCUAUGUUUCAUGAGAUAAAGCAUCUCUUGCAGUUUGAACGAAUCGAGUAGAAAGCAUGAAAACAUAGCGGUGAAAAUUUACCACGAUUAAACGAUAUAGUUUAUGCUUUUCGCAGUAGAACGAAAUCCAUGAAUCUCGUGGGUUUGUUUGCAUCACAUUAUAGCAGUCCGUGUUUUCUCAUAAGUUUGAUGGGUUCUCACAUAACAAUAUUGUCAAAAUUAAAUUAGACCGUCAGACUACCUGUAAACAUAAACAUCGCUGACUUACCUUCAUUCUAUUUCACCUACGGAAAGGCUAGUACCACGCAUCUUCGACCAGUGUGCGUUUCUUUGAAAAAAU